UUUGCAGCCUAGUCUUUACUGAUGAACAUUCCUCCAUUCCAUCCGUUGUGAAAAGAUCAUUCACCUUGGGCGACCUACCCGUUGUUUUACUGCUCACUUUUUUUUUUUUUUUUCCGUUUGCUGCGACCGAGUUUUUCUUUAUUUUCAAGAGUCUUUUUGUAAUCAUUUGCCACCAAAAACAAAAAGACCACACAGCACACAUUUUCUCACACUUCCGAUCCCUCACCACAAAGGCCAAUGGUAACCAACCACCAGGAAGAGCUGAUGCUCACCCGUCGCCAAAAGACCCUUUCCUCGAUCAUCUCAAACUACAUCCCUCUCCACAUCAUUCUGAACCGCCCCACCGGGGUCUCCUUCUCGAUCACGGUCCCCAAAUCCCUGACGAUCGAGCAAUUGGCCCGACAGAUCGAGGCCGAGUACGCAUUCCUAGUCGAGCGUGAACUCGGCACGUCGAGAUACCCUGUGAUCGAGUGUGGGGCCUUGUUUGAUCAUGUCGAACUGCCGCCUCGACAGAGAAGGAGAAGGUGGACGACGACGAUUGAAAACGGGGGCGGAGGGGACGGUAAAGAUGGUAUGAAUGAAGAGAAGGACGGGGAUGGGCAGUGGGUGGAUGAGGAUGAGAUAGAGGGAGGAGAUUUGACGGAUGAAAGAGAGGAGGCCGAGUCACGAGGGGUGCAGCUGCGGUUUUCAGAUCGGGUGGAGGAUGUGCUGGAGUGGAACAGCACUGUUCACGCUAUGAAUAUUGAUCAAGGUAAGCAAAAACCGAGUCUGCAGUCGAAUGCUUGUUUGGGAAACAUGGAGAAGAAAGGAGCGCGUUGCGGAUGAGUGGGGAAAACAACACAUUAUCUUCUAUAACAAACGCAGGGACGCUUUGUCAUUCGUUCAUGUAUUGUUCUUUUGUAUAGUGGAGGUAAUUUU